CCCGGCGGCGAAGGGAACCGCUGUCCCCAUGGGGCUGAACUUGGUGAAGAUCCACUGCCAGAACGAAGCUGUCUACCAGUACCACGUGACCUUCAGCCCCGAGGUGGAGUGCAGGAGCGCACGCUUUGCCAUGCUGAAGGAGCAGCACACCGUCACGGACGUGCUGGCCUUCGAUGGCUCCAUCCUCUUCCUGCCCAUCCAGAUUUCCAAGGUCAGUGUGAAGGCUCAGAGGAAGGGCGACGGGGAGGAGGUUUCCAUCACCAUCCAGAUGACCAAGGUCCUGGAGGCCAGCUCGGAUCUCUGCAUCCCCUUUUACAACGUGGUUUUCCGGCGGGUGAUGAAAAUCUUAGACAUGAGCCUGGUUGGGAGACAUUUCUUUGAGCCUGCCCACGCCACCACCUUGCAUAAACACGGCCUCCAAAUUUGGCCGGGAUAUGCCGUCAGCAUCCGGAAGAAGGACGGCGGGCUCUUCCUCAUGGUGGAUUCCAUCCACAAAAUCAUCCGCAACGAGUCUGUCCUGAGUGUGAUGCAGAAAAUCCACUCCCAGAGCCAGAAGAUGUUCCAGGACGAGUGCACCAAGGAGCUGGUGGGCAGCGUGGUCAUCACCCGCUACAACAACCGCACCUACCGCGUCGACGACAUCGACUGGGACAGGACCCCCAGGGACACUUUCACCCUGGCCAGUGGGGAGCAAAUCACCUUCGUGGAGUACUACAGCAAAGCUUAUGGGAUCACCAUCAGGGAUCUGGACCAGCCGCUGCUUGUCCACAGGCCCAAGGAAAAACAGACAGCAGAGGGGAAGCGUCAGCUGGACAUGGUGGUGCUGGUGCCAGAGCUCAGCUUCCUGACAGGGCUCUCUGACCUGCAGAAGAACAGCCGGACGGUGAAGGAGGUGAUGUGGGAGAUGAUGCAGAGCCCCAGGAAGCACUACACGCGCCUCACCAGCCUCCUGCAGCAGAUCCGGGACAGCCCGGAGGCCUCCCGGGAGCUGGAAUGCUGGGGGCUGCACCUGGACACGGAUAUCUGCAGGACCCAGGGUCACAUCCUGCCCUUGGAGCGGAUCAACCUCCGGCACCGCUCCUUCUUCCCCGAGGAGGACCUGAGCUGGCACAGGGAGGUGACGAAGGAGAUGUCUAUCUCGGCGAUCUCUAUGAAUUCCUGGCUCCUGGUGUAUCCCAGGCGGCUGCAGCAGCUGGCCAAGGACCUGCUGGUAGCCAUGAGGAGCGCCUGUGGAGCCGUGGGAAUGCAGGUGGGACAGCCCACGGUGCAGGAGCUGCGGGAUGAGCGCAUCGAGUCCUACGUCAAGGGCAUCCGGAGCGGUUUGGGAAGCCAGGAGAAGGUGCAGCUGCUCGUGUGCAUCACCCCCCGCAACCGGGACGACGUGUACAGAGCCAUCAAGAAGCUGUGCUGUGUCCAGGACCCUGUGCCCUCCCAGGUCAUCAACGCGCAGUCCCUCAUGGGCCAUCCGGCCAAGAUCAGGAGCGUGGUGCAGAAAGUUCUGCUGCAGAUCAACUGCAAGCUGGGCGGGCAGCUCUGGGGGGUCGACAUCCCGCUGAAACAGCUGAUGGUUGUUGGCAUGGAUGUCCACCACAGCCGCAGCCAAGGCAUGCGCUCUGUCAUCGGCUUCGUGGCCAGCAUGAACCACAUCCUCACCAAGUGGUAUUCCAAGGUGGUUUUCCAGAUGCCCCAGCAGGAGAUCGCUGACAGCCUCCGGCUCUGCCUCUCCCAGGCCCUCAAGCGCUUCUACGAGUUGAACCACUCGCUGCCCAUGAAGAUCGUGGUGUAUCGGGACGGGGUGUCCGACUCCCAGCUCGACACGGUGCUCAAAUAUGAGGUGCCCCAGAUGCAGAAGAGCUUCAACACCUUCGAGAACUACCAGCCCAGCCUGGUGGUCGUGGUGGUGCAGAAGCAAAUCAGCACCAACUUCUACAGCCUGACAGGAGAGGAGUUCACGUCCCCCCCGCCCGGCACCGUCCUCGACCACACCAUCACCACCUCGGGCUGGGAGGAUUUCUUCCUGCUGUCCCACAGCUCCCGGCAGGGCUGCAGCAUUCCCACGCGCUACAUCUGCAUGUGGAACACGGCCAACCUGAGCCACGAGCACAUCCAGAGGUUGACCUUCAAGCUGUGCCACCUGUACUGGAACUGGCCGGGCACCAUCCGUGUGCCAGCUCCCUGCAAAUACGCCCACAAGCUGGCAUUCCUGGUGGGCCAGGUGCUGCACCACGAGCCCAGCGCCCACCUCAGCGAGCAGCUCUUCUUCCUCUAGGGCCGCUGGGCGCAGGAAAACCGGGAUUGCACCCGGAAUUCCGCUCCCCAGCCGCCCUCCUGGGGGAAUCCUCCCCGAUCCCCCUGUUCUGUUGCUAAUUUAUUCCCGUUAUUUAUUGGUUUAAAGGGUUGUAGUGCUGGUUUAAAGGGGGAUGGGAAGCGUCCCUGGGCUGGGUUUAUCUCCACGGGGAUGAACCCAAAGGAAUAUCCCCCCACCAAGUUUUCCAGUCCUCCCAGUUAAAGGGGGUUGAGUUAACGAGCCCCCAAAGGUGCUGCUGCUCCCACGGCUCAUCCCUGUGCAGGUGCUGAUGUAAAUCCCAAAGGUUUGGGGGAUUUUUGUUUUCUCCCCCUGGUUUUUGAGUUCCCACGGAGAUUUCGAGUUUUCCUGGGUGGUUUUGUGCUUUUUUUUUCCUUCCAAGGUGCUGUUGAACAAACCAGCCCUGGUUUGGCUGGUUCUCCUGUCCUUGAGGAGUCACUGGUUUCUCAAGGAGAAUCCACUGUGGAUUCGGGUCAUUAUUCCAAGAGGAAAGUUUUCGAGUUCCCACCUUUUUCAGGUGGGUUUUUUUUUGCCUUAGUCAGAUGUUUGGGACCUUUGAGGCUGGGGCUGUGGAAGGGCUGCGAGACUACAAAAAAAACACCCUAAAACACCCCAAAAUACAUGGAUUUUGCCUCAAAGCCCACCUUCUGCAUCCCCUGCAGGGAUGGGGGUCCAGCAGGACCCUCCUCCCAGCCUCUCCCCUGCCUUUUAAAUGCCAUAAAAGUUGGAAUUCCUUAAUAUUUUUGUCUUUGCUGUAACCGGUUUUUGAUUCUUUGCAAUAAAACUGUUGCUGGCA